CUCUCUCUAUUAUUAUUGCUGUUUUACUUUCCUCGUUUAUCUUCUUUUAAUGGAGGCACCUUACGCGACAUUGAAUGCUCUUGCUGAAUUCUCAACUUGCGAAAUUGCCGAUGCUCUGUUGAAACUAGGAGAGCGGCCUUGGGGAGGUUAUAUUGCAGACAUUGAUAUGUGGUCUCCGACUUACUGCGAAGGACAGACAAGGAUUAUUGGACCUGCUUAUACAGUAAAGCUGGUUGACAAAUUGGAUAAAGAUGCACCUACUCUUUCAAGUCAUUUUGCUGACAGUAUCCCAAGCCAAAGUAUUGUCGUUGUUUCUGCGCCUCCAGAUGUCAAAAAUGCUGUCUGGGGUGGGUUGAUGAGCGCACGUGCCAAGGCCAGAGAGGCAAAGGGCGUUGUUAUUGAUGGCAGGGUUAGAGAUUUGAAUGAACAUCGGUCAAUGCAGUUCCCUGUGUUUGCAAAAUCACAUUCGAUAUUGCCACAAAAUGCGUUCCUGAGACCUUCCCAGAUCCAGGUGCCUCUUAGUAUGUCGACAUCCUCUGUUGUAGUCUAUCCAGGAGAUAUUAUUGUAGCCGAUGUGGAAGGAGUUGUCUGUGUACCCGUAAAGCUAUUGAAUGAUGUUCUAGAGAGCUGCAAAAAGAAUGUGGCAAUUGAUUCACAGUGCAUGGAGGCGCUAGUAAAUGGUGCAGGUGUCAAGGAGACAUUUGCCAAGUUCAGAGGCACACAGUAGAUUAUCAAAUAAAAUAAAAUAAAAUAUUGAUGUGUUGAUUUAUAAUACACAAUAUACAUAAAGAAUUUGUAUGUAUAUGAU